AUGACAAAAGUAAACGGCUGGCAGAAUGGUCAGCGAUCUGGAAACGUGGACGGUCAUGUGAACGGCCAUGCGAUUGGGAAAGUAAACGGGCAGGUGAAUGGUCGUCUGAAUGGCGAUGUGAACGGAAAAGUAAACGGCCAGCUGAAUGGCUACGCGAACGGCCAGGCGAACGGCCAGGUGAACGGGAGGGUCAACGGCCCGGUCAAUGGCCAGGUCAAUGGCCAGGUCAGUGGCACGGUCAACGGCCAAGUUAACGGUCAGGUCAACGGCCAAGCCAAUGGCGAUGUCCACGCCCAAGUCAACGGCAAGCCCAACGGCCACGUCAACGGCCAAGUCAACGGCGAAGUCAACGGCCAGGGACCUACGAUGGGGCAGUACGAGUACCCGUUUCCGGACGUGAUGUCAUGGGCGUGGGACGGAGACAGCAGCGCCUGGAGCCACUUCGAGAACGAAAACGCUCCGUCCGGCCAGCAUCGCCUGAGCGACGAUGGGAACGGAAAUGUUGAUGCGCUCGAGACAAAGCAUGGUGAGUCCGGCGCCGGCGGGCGCGGAGCGGCGGCUGCUGCUGCUGCUGCUGCUGCUGCUACGGAAGCGGGGAAUGCGGAAGGGGCGCUUGAGGUUGCGCGCGCGGUUGCGCUGCGGGCUGUAGCGCGGAUGGUGGCGGUACUGGCGGUGUUGCGGUCCGCGUUGCCGUAUGGCAGCUGGUGGCGCAUGGAGGGGAACGCGGAGAAGAACAUGGGGUACGAGGCGGCGGCCGGUGAGGGGAAGGGGGAAGGCGGAGCGGGGGCGGCGGAAGCUGAGGGUGUGGGGAGCCUGGGGGAUGCUGGUCGCAAGCUGUGGCGAUUCUGUGCUCCGGAUAAGGGACUGGUGGUGGUGGCGUUCGUCUUUUUGUCGCUUGCCGCGAUAUCGGAGGUGACGAUCCCGCAUCUGCUGGCGUCGACCAUCUUCGCGGCGUCUAACAACAUGGGCGCGCAGUUCGCGCACAACGCCAAGCUGCUCGUCGCGCUCACGCUCGCCUGCGGGGCCUUCAGUGGGCUGCGCUCCUUCUGCUUCACGGUGCUCAACAUGCGCAUGGUGUGCCGCAUGCGAGAGGCACUCUUUUCUACCAUCAUGCACCAGGACGUGAGUUUCUUUGACAAGGAAUCAGUGGGCGACCUCACUUCACGUUUGGGCGCGGACUGCCAGCAGGUGGCGCAGAGCACAGCGGGGGACGACGUGAGUUUCUUUGACAAGGAGUCGGUGGGCGACCUCACUUCACGCUUAGGCGCGGACUGCCAGCAGGUGGCGCAGAGCACAGCGGGGGACGUCAACGUGAUGCUGCGCAACGCACUGCAGGGGGCGGGCGCCAUGUUCUUCUUGCUGCGCCUCUCCUGGCGCAUGGCGCUCAUCUCCGCGGGCCUCUGCGCCCUCAUGUGGUGCUGCCUCGUCGCCUAUGGCAGGUUCCAGAGAGAGAGUGCCCGCCUCAUCCAAGACACUGUUGCAUCCGCCAAUGAGGUGGCAGAGGAGACCAUUUCACUGGCUCGUGUGGUCCGCACUUUUGGCACGGAGCAGCAGGAAGUCAACAGGUACAAGGUGCCACUGCAGCGCCUGCAGCAUGUGGGCCUCAGGCGCUCUGUGGCGUAUGGCAUGUGGAAUUUCGGUGGCAACACCAUCUACAAUGCCACUCAGGUCCUCGCUAUAAUCAUGGGAGGCAGUGCAGUGAUGUCGGGCGCCAUCACAGCAGAGCAGCUCACGCAGUUUAUUCUGUACGCCGAGUGGGUCGUGCACGCUACCUGGUGGGUGGGCGACCACUGGGCGUCCCUCAUGGACUCCCUGGGCGCCUGCAGCCGCGUCUUCCAACUGCUGGACCUGCCAUCCUCACCACAGCUCGCGAAGACACAAGGUUUACAGAUGCCAUGGCUGCAAGGCAAGAUAGAGUUCCGAGAUGUGUCCUUCCAAUACCCAACCCGCCCUGAGGCCUCCGUGCUAUCCCAUGUGAAUCUCACCAUCAAUCCCGGCGAGCUGGUGGCGCUGGUGGGGCUGAGUGGCAGUGGGAAAAGCACUCUCGUGGGGCUGCUGCAGCAGCACUAUGAACCCACACACGGAGAGAUUCUUUUGGACGGUGUUCCUAUAAAGGAGUUUGACACUAAAUGGCUGCGCGGGCAGAUGGGGGUAGUCAGCCAAGAGCCACGUCUCUUCAGCACAGACGUGGCAGCAAACAUUUCGUAUGGCUCGGGCAGCCGAAAAAAGAGCCACGAGGAGAUCACACGCGCGGCCUGCGCGGCCAACGCGCACGAUUUCGUUUCGGAGCUUCCCGAGGGGUACGCGACAGUGGUGGACAACUCGCGGCUGAGCGGCGGGCAGAAGCAAAGAAUCGCGAUUGCCCGGGCGCUGGUUCGUGACCCGAAGAUACUGAUUUUGGAUGAGGCGACGAGUGCGCUGGAUGUGGAAAGUGAGAGGAACGUGCAGGGGGCACUGGAUGAGGCGAUGAAGAGGGGGAAGAAUGGCCGGCGCGAUCGUACCGUCAUUGUGAUUGCACACAGGCUGUCUACGAUCCAGGCAGCAGACCGCAUCGUGGUGAUGGCUCAUGGCAGGAUAACAGAGGUGGGCACACAUGCACAGCUCAUGGCCAAGGGUGGUGAAUACGCAAGGCUGGUGAACAUGCAAGACCAUACACCAGCAUUCGCGAUGCCUUGA